UUUUUUAUAAAAUGGGAAUUGACUUGGGCAUGAGCUUGGACGCAGACUUAGACGAAUAUGAAGUGGUUAUUAUCUGUUUAAUCACGAGUACAUUGUCUACUUUCUUUAUAAUAUAUAAAGUUAUAACUAGUUCUACAAGACUAAGACUUGCAUGUCUAAUAGGAACUUUAAUUAUACAAAUACGUGCUAUCGUGCACCUUAUACGAUGCCUCACAAACAGCAUAAGUACGAUCGCGUUUUGGCUAUUAAUUGCAUUAGAAUCUGCAGUUUACACAACAAUUAUCGUAAUCUUUAUUUUGGACAUGGGCCGAAAAUUCUAUCAAAACAUUUACUGGAACACAUUAUUAUUCAAAUUAAUACUGUUCGGCAUAGUACUUUUUAACGUUCUAAAUUCUAUUACCAUUACAUUUCUAAUAAUUGAUACGACAAAGGAGCCACGACACAUACUUUGGGCGGUGCAAAUGAUUGUGGGAAUUUUAACCAUGAUGUUAUCGUUCGGGUACACUUUUGCUCCAGUGAUAAGUUCACAUUGGAAUCCAAAUAAUCCGAAACUACUAAAAACGGGGCACAUCAAACCUAUGAAUGCUGCUAUAGCCACUUGGUAUCUCGUGGUGCUAAGCAUUCUAUCUGCAAUAUAUUUGGCUUCAUAUAUUGCUUCAAUUUUUGUUGCCGAAGAAAUAAUCUACUUACCGGCGAAGACAUCAAUCGAUUCGAUUAUGCGUAGUAUGAUCUCUGUUGUACUUGCUUCAUCACCACCGAAACGGUUUAUUGAAACUAUUAAAUCGAUAGUGAUUAAUCGGCGACCGUUAAAUAAUUUUAUUCGUGAUCGUGGGGUUGUGAGUACCGGGAUGAUAGGAGACUCGCCAUAUGCAAAUAGAAUAGAAUUGUCGACGCUGGC